AUGCCACCGUUGAUCCUCAAUGCACUCGAUAGCCAUUUAAAUCGAUACCACCGGGAUAGACCACCGUUGACGAUGCCCUGGAAUCACCGAUUAAUUCUCAGUUACCUGAGCAAUUUCCAAUGCAAUCGUUGCUCGGGCUACUACGUCGGCACCGCCACGAAUCAGUCCAACUCAACCAAGAUCACCGGCAUGUCCGUGUAUCACGAAAUAUACGGCGGCGAGCGACUUGCACCUGUGACCGCGCGUCAAUGGCGCCAUUCGGAUCCGUACUUGACUCCGUUCACACUUAGCAUGAUCAAUCCGCAUGAGGUUGCUGGCUGA